ACCAGAUACAGACCUUGAACCCACUUCUAGACCCAUUUCCCCCCCAUCUCCCGUCCACUUGGGGUUACUUUUUUUUGUUCGACCUCUCAUCUUUUCUCCACCCCCAUCAGAUCCUGGGCGAGUCUACCUCAUCAAAUCCCAUAUUCAACCCGUACAUAACCUAACCUAACUAGAGCAAAGCACGACAGUCAUGCAUGGCGUACAGAGCCCGGGUAGCUCGUAUGUAAGUGGUCAGAUCAAGACUUGGAGUAGCGCGUUGCUACGAAGAAUGUACUAUGUAAGCGUGUGGAUAUGCGAGUGAAUAUGCGAGGAGACGAGUAGAGAGAGGAGAGAGAAAGAUGAGGAGGAGGGGGGUUUCAUGAAUGCAGUUGAAACCCUUUUUUCUAAUCAUUCAUGUACCUUCCGAUGUCUCUUCUUAACAAAGCCAGGUAGUACAAGCAAUAUUAAGUAGGUUUGGUAUUUAUAUCUGUUCGUUCCCCCUUUUCUCAAGCUUGAUUUACUUGUCUUCCGUUCUCUCCGGUUUGCACAAGCUUAGCUAUCCAUCUGUACCCCUUGCCUGGGCUUCUUUCGUCUACCUAGUAACACCAAUCUUACUCCUUGAAAUCGUAAACAUGGUCGCCAACGAGAAGCCCGCUUCUACCUUUAGGUACAGCGAGAAGCCGGUGUAUACCACCUCCAAUGGCUUUCCUGUCGAGCAUCCGUCUAAGUGGCAGCGAGUCGGCACUCAUGGCCCUCUCCUGCUCCAAGACUUCCACUUGAUUGACCUCCUCGCCCACUUUGACCGCGAGCGUAUCCCCGAGCGUGUCGUUCAUGCCAAGGGCGCUGGUGCCUACGGUGAAUUCGAGGUUACCGACGACAUCAGCGAUAUCAGCUCUAUUGAUAUGCUGACUGGUGUUGGAAAAAAGACGCCGGCCGUCGUUAGAUUCUCUACCGUCGGUGGUGAAAAGGGGUCAGCCGACAGCGCUAGAGAUCCCCGAGGAUUCGCUAUCAAGUUCUACACGCAGGAGGGUAACUGGGAUUGGGUAUACAACAACACACCCAUUUUCUUCCUCCGAGAUCCCACCAACUUCCCUCUCUUCAUCCACACUCAGAAGCGCAACCCUCAGACCAACCUGAAGGAUGCUACCAUGUUCUGGGACUACUUGUCCACACAUCAAGAGGCCAUCCACCAAGUUAUGCACCUCUUCUCCGACCGUGGAACCCCUUAUUCAUACCGGUUUAUGAACGGUUACUCUGGCCACACCCACAAAUGGACUAAGCCCGACGGCUCCUUUGUCUACGUCCAGGUACACCUAAAGACAGACCAAGGAAGCAAGACCCUUACCAACGCAGAGGCUGGCAAGCUGGCUUCUGACAAUCCCGACUUCGCCACCCAGGAUCUAUUCGAGGCUAUCCAAAAGGGCGAGUACCCAAGCUGGACCGUCUACGUACAAGUCUUGACCCCAGAACAAGCCGAGAAGUUCAAGUGGAACAUCUUUGACUUGACCAAGGUCUGGCCACAGGCUGAGGUACCUCUCCGACGGUUCGGCAAGUUAACUCUCAACAAGAACGUAGAGAACUACUUCGCCGAGAUUGAGCAGGUUGCUUUCUCCCCGUCGCAUCUCGUCCCUGGUGUCGAGCCAUCGGCAGACCCCGUGCUUCAAUCCCGUCUAUUCUCCUACCCCGAUACCCACCGGCACAGACUUGGCGUCAACUACCAACAAAUUCCCGUAAACGCACCACUUCACGCUUUCAACCCCUUCCAGCGUGACGGUGCCAUGUCCGUGAACGGCAACUACGGCGCCAACCCCAACUACCCCAGCAGCUACCGCGCCUUAACAUUCCAGUCCGUCAAGCCUACGAACCCCCACGAGAAGUGGGCCGGAGCCGCCGUCAGCGACCUCUUCGACGAGAUCCAGCCCCACGACUACGAGCAGGCCCACGGCCUCUGGAAGGUCCUCGGCCGGACCCCGGGCCAGCAGGAGAACUUCGUCAACAACGUCGCCGUCCACCUCAAGGACGCCCACAAGGACACCCGGCAGCGCACCUACGACAUGUUCACCAAGGUCAACCCCGAGCUCGGCUCUGCCAUUAAAUCUGCGACCGAGAAGAAUGUUAAGCUAUGAAUGGGAAUGUGAGUGUGGGACGAGGAGAGGGUAUGGUGAUGAUGAUGAUGAAGAUCUAGGUAAUGUGGUAAAGAAUGAUGAAAUGUUCUACUACAUGAGAAACGUAAAAAAUAAAAAAGACAAAGACAGAGACAGAGACUUCCCCUCCACCUAGUGCUGCCUACAGAUAUUCAGCCACGGUAAUUUAAAAGGUUGACUUACUUAUUGGGUACUUAUUAUGUGAUUUCUUUUCGUAGAGUGGUGAUACGUUGGCUGUAUUGUAUGUGAUGAUGAUGUCUACGUUCGACGACUACUGAGGUACAUACCUAAACAGCAACACCUACUGCUAUAGUUAGUAAGGAUCUCCAUAC